ACCGACAGGGGUCACUGGAUGAAUUCGAAGGAGUCACAUGACUGGGAAAUAAUUCAGGGUUGAGGGUUCCCGUUUCCUGAUACAGACUUGAUCAUCAUGCCUACCAUGCAGCAGUCGCCCCAGGAUGAGCAGGAGAAGCUUCUGGAUGAAGCUGUUCAGGCUGUCAAGGUGCAGUCAUUUCAGAUGAAGCGAUGCCUGGACAAGAACAAACUGAUGGAUGCCCUGAAACAUGCCUCCAACAUGCUAGGGGAACUCAGGACCUCCAUGCUGUCUCCAAAAAGCUACUAUGAACUCUACAUGGCCAUCUCUGACGAGCUCCACUACCUGGAGGUGUACCUGACGGAUGAAUUUGCCAAGGGCAGAAAGGUGGCUGACCUGUACGAGUUGGUCCAGUAUGCAGGCAACAUCAUCCCCAGACUGUACCUGCUGAUAACCGUGGGGGUGGUGUACGUGCGCUCCUUCCCUCAGUCCCGUAAGGACAUCCUGAAGGACCUGGUGGAGAUGUGUCGCGGGGUCCAGCACCCUCUGCGCGGCUUGUUCCUCCGAAACUACCUGCUGCAGUGCACCCGCAACAUCCUGCCUGACGACGGGGAGCAGACAGAGGGAGGUGAGGAGAUGACAGGAGACAUUAACGACUCCAUCGACUUUGUCCUGCUCAACUUUGCUGAGAUGAACAAGCUGUGGGUGCGCAUGCAGCACCAGGGCCACAGCCGCGACCGGGAGAAGAGGGAGAAGGAGAGGCAGGAGCUCCGCAUCUUGGUGGGCACCAACCUCGUUCGUCUCAGCCAGCUGGAGGGGGUCAACGUGGAGAAGUACAAACAGAUUGUGCUGUCAGGUGUGCUGGAGCAGGUUGUGAACUGCAGGGAUCCCCUGGCCCAGGAAUACCUGAUGGAGUGCAUUAUCCAGGUCUUCCCCGAUGAGUUCCACCUGCAGACGCUCAAUCCCUUCCUGCGCUCCUGCGCUGAGCUGCACCAGCACGUCAACGUCAAGAACAUCAUUAUCGCUCUCAUUGACAGACUGGCGCUGUUUGCUCACAGAGAAGACGGACCGGGAAUCCCUGCUGAGAUCAAGCUGUUUGACAUUUUCUCCCAACAAGUGGCCACAGUCAUACAGUCUCGCCAGGACAUGCCGUCGGAGGAUGUGGUGUCCCUCCAGGUGUCUCUCAUCAACCUGGCCAUGAAGUGCUACCCUGACAGGGUGGAUUAUGUCGACAAGGUGCUGGAGAGCACCGUGGACAUCUUCAAUAAGCUCAACCUGGAACACAUCGCCACCAGCAGUGCGGUGUCCAAGGAGCUGACGCGUCUUCUGAAGAUCCCGGUGGACACCUACAACAACAUCCUGACGGUGCUGCAGCUCAAGCACUUCCCCCCGCUGUUUGAGUACUUCGACUACGAGUCGCGCAAGAGCAUGAGCUGCUACGUGCUGAGCAACACCCUGGACUACAGCACCGUCAUCAUCUCCCAGGAACAGGUUGAUGCUAUCCUCAGCUUGGUGUCAACGCUGAUCCAGGACCAGCCAGACCAGCCGGCUGAGGACCCCGACCCUGAGGACUUUGCAGAGGAGCAAAGCCUUGUGGGUCGUUUCAUCCACCUCCUCCACUCCGAUGACCCCGACCAACAGUACCUGAUUCUGAACACAGCCAGGAAGCACUUUGGCGCAGGAGGCAACCAGAGGAUUCGCUACACUCUCCCUCCUCUGGUCUUUGCUGCCUACCAGCUGGCCUUCCGCUACAAAGACAACUCCUCCUCUGACGACAAGUGGGAGAAGAAAUGUCAGAAGAUCUUCUCGUUUGCCCACCACACCAUCAGCGCCCUGAUCAAGGCGGAGCUGGCGGAGCUGCCCCUCAGGCUGUUCCUGCAGGGGGCGCUGGCGGCCGGCGAGGUCGGCUUUGAGAACCACGAGACAGUGGCGUACGAGUUCAUGUCCCAGGCGUUCUCUCUGUACGAGGAUGAGAUCAGCGACUCCAAGGCCCAGCUGGCAGCCAUCACCCUCAUCAUCGGCACGUUUGAGCGGACGCGCUGCUUCAGCGAGGAGAACCACGAGCCGCUCCGCACGCAGUGUGCCCUCGCCGCCUCCAAGCUGCUCAAGAAGCCCGACCAGUGUCGCGCCGUCAGCAUCUGCGCUCACCUCUUCUGGUCCGGACGCAACACGGACAAGAGCGGCGACGAGAUCAGGGAUGGGAAGAGGGUUAUGGAGUGUCUGAAGAAGGCCUUGAAGAUCGCCAACCAGUGCAUGGACCCUUCGUUGCAGGUGCAGCUGUUCAUCGAGAUCCUCAACAGAUACGUCUGCUUCUACGAGCGAGAGAAUGACGCGGUCACGGUGCAGGUUCUGAACCAGCUGAUCCAGAAGAUCCGGGAGGACCUCCCCAACCUGGAGGCCAGCGAGGAGACGGAGCAGAUUAACAAACACUUCCACAACACACUGGAGCACCUGCGCCUGCAGAGAGAGUCCCCCGAAUCUGAGGGCCCGGCGUACGAGGGCCUGGUUCUGUAGGGGCCUCACACCCAGAGAUAGAUACCUUUAUAGAAAUAUAUAUAUAUAUACACACACACACACACACACACCAGGGUAUUCCAUCCAGUGGGAAAGAUGUCGACCCCCACGACACCUACCGUUCAUCUGCGCUCCUUUUGUGUGUGUGUGUGUGUGUGUGUGUCUCAUCCUGUCCAUCUCUCUUUAUUCACCUUCGCUGUACUCCCGUCUACACAAAGAGAUUUGAACUUGAUUUAGUGUUACUACUGUGACAGAAGGUGUUGCUUAAGAGACGUGAAUGCACAGUGUGCUAGUAGGCUGUACUUGCCUUGCACUUCCAGAGUGGUACUGUAUCAUUCCUGCGUCUUUGACCACGUUAUUGUCAGACUCGUCAUGCUUAGGAAGAGGGGUGUAGCCGGUCGAAGUUGUCUUUUUCAUGCUCACCUCCUCGCCCAUAACCUACCAUCUGGUCUUGUCUCCCCUCAUACACUUUCCUGAUUAUGGACCCUCCUCCCCAAAAUUGCCCAUAACCACUCCCUCCUCUUCACAGCGACUGCUAUGAGAUAUGGCGGGUACUAAUCAGUGCUUUGAGCCAUCAGUGAUCGUGAGUGACCGGAGAGGAGUAUAUGAGUGCAUGCUUAGGGGACGAGUGGCACUCUUCGCCGUGUCGAGGAGAUUAAGGUAGCCUGCUGUAGAGCUGUCUUGUUUUCACGCUCAUACUAUAUGUCAUAUUCAGCUCUGUGUUGUAUAUGGAUCCCACGAUGCACCUGGUGCUGUGACCCCACCCUCACCCACAUCCCAUCCCCUCCUCUUCCAGGGCGGCCAUUGUAGAUUUCCCAUUGCCUGCUCUCUUUCAUUUCCUUUUCAUUCCCCUCUUUCUUUUUCAGAAUCUCAUGUUUGCUUCUAAGCCAUUUUCUUUUUUUGUUUUGUAUUUUGUAUUUUAUUUGAUUCUGGUUGUUGCCGUGUCCUGUGGCUGCUAGCCAUGUGCUUCUAGACAGCCCUGCCUAUGAAUCUGCGAGUGCUAGGGGACUUGAAACGUGUGUGUGUGUGUGUGUGCGCGCGCAACGGUCUUUUGUCAGGGGAGCUCUGAUGGAUGUGACUGCUAGUUUCUCUUUUCUUUGGAUGAACUGCUUUGAUUGCCUAGAAUUUUUGUCUGAGGAGGGUUCUGUUCAUCUUCUUGUCUCUCUUCUGGAUAUUGAACCCUUAUGUAUUGUAUGUAUAACCUACUUGUAAAUCAGAAAAAAACUAAAGCAGAAUAAAUAUCAUCGAUUAUCAUCAAUGUCAUUUGCACAAAUAAACUAAUUCAUAUUAAUCUUA